AUGGAGGUACAAAAUGUGAGCACUGAAACAACUGAAGAAGCACUAACUAAUGAAUUACCGGAAAGCCAAAGUUUUACUACCCAGUUACCUAGUCAAACUAAAAAAAAAAGAACUGCCUCUGUACUAAGUGCUGUAGCUGACUUGAAUUCAAUACAUGAUGCGAUCAAUAAAUCUGAGCCCGAAGAUGAUUCUUUUGAUAUGUUUGGGAAAAGUGUUGCAAUGCAAUUGAAGAAAUUUCUUUCCCUAGAAACAUCGUUAAGAGCGCAAAGUAAAAUUCAAAACAUUUUGACUGAAAUGGGAAUUGAAGAACUGCAUAGUCAAAAACGUUCAUCAACACCAUUAUCAUACAUGAAUCCCUCAUCAGUUUCGUCGGGAUAUGAGACGUCAUAUUCCAACAUGUCUGAUGUAUCAAGAGGUGCAUUUCAUACUGUUGAAAAUGAUAAUCAAAAUGAUUUGUUACACAAAGCUAUUUUUCAAACUUUCAACUCCACAUUAUAA